AUGCUAUCGAACUUCAAGAACCUGAUCAAGAAGAAGGACCACAACAGCCCCGUUGCGGAUGAAUUUAGAUGUUAUUCCGAGAUAAUUCCUCGGUACCGGAUCGAGGCGCAGAUUGGGGAGGGCGCCUUCUCCAAGGUGUUUAGGGCCCUGGACACGGUGCGCAACGAGGAGAUCGCCAUCAAGAUCAUUGACAAGUCCAGCAUGACGAUACAGCAGAUCAAUGGCAUUUUGAAAGAGAUUGCCAUCAUGUCCAAGCUAGAUCACGAGAAUAUCGUCAAGUUGCUGGCGUACAAGAACAGCAGCAAUUCGCGGUACUGCUAUCUAUUCUUAGAACUAGUUCAAGGAGGCGAGAUUUUCAACCAGAUCAUCAAGUACACCUAUUUCUCCGAGGACCUGUCCAGACAUGUGAUUGUUCAGGUGGUAAGGUCCAUCAAGUACCUUCAUGAGCAGGUGGGUGUGGUUCACAGGGACAUCAAGCCUGAGAACCUGUUGUUCGUCCCCAUCCCGGUGGUGCCUACACCUGUCCACGAGCAGCGCAGACGUCAGUCUGAUGACGCAAACAAACUGGACGAGGGCAAGUUCAAGGUGAAUGUUGGUGCCGGUGGAAUUGGCACAGUAAAACUAGCAGAUUUUGGUCUUUCCAAGGUUUUAUGGGACAGAAACACUAACACUCCGUGUGGAACGGUUGGCUACACUGCCCCGGAGAUUGUCAAAGACGAGUACUAUUCGAAGUCUGUUGAUGUCUGGGCAAUUGGGUGUGUUCUGUACACGCUGCUGUGUGGCUUUCCUCCUUUCUACGACACCGAUCCCAGGAAUCUGGCUGAAAAAGUGUCCAAGGGCGAGUACUGUUUCCUGAGCCCCUGGUGGGACGAGAUCUCCAAAGAGGCCAAAGAUCUUGUCUCGAACCUUCUGACAUUGGACCCAAGCAAGCGGUACACUCUUGAUGAGAUUCUGCAACACCCUUGGAUCUUGCAGAACUCGCAAAUCACCGAGCCUGCGUUUGAUGCUCCGCCUCCAACCACCCACAACUCUCAGCUAUACCAACACUUCAACGACACUUCUGAGAGUUUGCAGACCCCAAGGGCCGAGGCUAUCAAACUAAUGUUUGACACCAGUGCUGCAAUGCAUGCGGGAGGAAACAAUAUGUUAGCUGCCACAGCGGUUGGCAGUCCCAGCCAUCUCACGGCUUUUGGAAUUGUCGAGGAGGAAAACGAAGACAUGGAUGUGAUAAAAACAAAUGCUCAGCAUCACAUUGACCAUGGCUCCAUAUAUGACUCCUCGAUAUCUGACUCUGAUAGUGAUUCCGACUCGAACUCCAAUUGGGAUCACCCUAGCAAAUCGCCCAUGAUGAGAAGACGGAUGUCGUCUUCGAGCAUCGUGAAACCCAGACGGCAAUCCACAGUCUCGUUUCUGGACUCUGUCAAACCAAGACAACUGUCCAGAGGUCAUCAUAACGACAUUCCUCGAACACCUGAUCCGAGCAGGAGCGUUUCCAGUUCUCUGACAAUGCAAACCUCGGAAUCUUUUGACUUGAAGAUUGGAGGCUCGACCAUGCUGUUGAGAAGAAAACGUGUUGGCUCUUCUGGAUGUGGCCCCAAGGCACCCGAGGACGAUCCGUCGCCUUCUGAGCUUGAUCCUCCUCUGGCUUCUGCUAUUUAUUGA